CCGGCUCCGGUGUCGCUGCAGCUGUCGGCGCGGCGGGCGCGGCGGCGGGGCCGCUAUUAAUACCGCGGCGGCCGGCGCGGGGCAGCCAUGGCCAGCCCGGGGCCCCGGCGCGGCGGGGACGGCGCCCCGGCCAGGGAAACAAGAACUUUUCAAGAGAUGGGACACUCUGAAUCCCUGGAUGAUACUUGGCCUUUGGAGGGGAUCUUGAAUAUAGAGGAUCUGCUCUUCCUGGGGGACUCAGGUGACUUCGAUGACACACUGUAUCUGGAAGAGACUGAGAAGCCUGAGGAGACACUGUAUAUUGAGGAUGACAAGCAGCCCAGUGAGGCCGUGUGUGAGGAGGAAGCUGUGAAGCCGGAGGACACACUGUGUGUGGAGGAGCCUGUGAAGCCGGAGGACACACUGCGUGCGGAGGAGCCUGUGAAGCCGGAGGAGGAGCCUGUGAAGCUGGAGGACACACUGUGUGUGGAGGAGCCUGUGAAGCCGGAGGAGGAGCCUGUGAAGCUGGAGGACACACUGUGUGCGGAGGAGCCUGUGAAGCUGGAGGACACACUGCGUGCGGAGGAGCCUGUGAAGCCGGAGGACACACUGCAUGGGGAGGAGCCUGGGAAGCCGGAGGACACACUGUGUGUGGAGGAGCCUGUGAAGCCGGAGGAGACAAGCCCAGAGCAGAUGGCUUAUGGGGGAGAGACGGUCACAAACGAAGAGAAGCCUAACCCCGAGAGCCUUGGAGCCGGGCCUAGUUCCAGCACAGAGGAGAGCCUGAGCAUAGAGGACCUAGAAUUGCUCGAGGGGCGUUUCCAGGAAUGUGUCCAAGCUGUGUCCCAGCUGGAGGAGGAGCGGGAUCAGCUCAUCCACGAGCUUGUGUUGCUCCGGGAGCCAGCUCUCCAGGAGGUGGAACAGGUGCACCAGGACAUCCUGGAUGCCUACAAACUGCAUGCUCAGGCCGAGCUGGAGCGGGACGGGCUCCGGGAGGAGAUCCAGCUGGUCAAGCAGAAGCUGUUCAAGGUGACCAAGGAAUGCGUGGCCUACCAAUACCAGCUGGAGUGCCGCCAGCAGGACGUGGCCCAGUUUGCCGACUUCCGGGAAGUGCUGACGGCACGGGCAGCCCAGCUCUCAGAGGAACUGGCCCGGCUCCGGGAUGCCUACCAGAAGCAGAAGGAGCAACUACGGCAACAAAUAGAAGCGCCUCCAAGCCAGGGGGACGGACAAUUCCUGCAGGAGAGCCGGCGGCUCUCGGCCCAGUUCGAGAACCUCAUGGCAGAGCGCCGCCAGGGCCUGGAGGAGGAGUACGAGCCGCAGCUGCUGCGGCUCCUGGAGAGGAAGGAGGCGGCUGCCAAGGCCCUGCAGAAAACCCAGGCGGAGGUCCAGCAGAUGAAGGAGGCGCUGAGGCCCCUGCAAGCCGAGGCCCAGCAGCUCCACCUGCUAAACAGGAACCUGGAGGACCAGAUCACACUUGUGAGGCAGAAGCGCGACGAGGAAGUGCAGCAGUACAGGGAACAGCUGGAGAAAAUGGAAGAACAACAGACACAGUUAAGAAGUGGGGUGCAACUCCAACAGCAGAAGAACAAAGAGAUGGAGCAGCUACGGAUCAGCCUUGCUAAAGAGCUUUCCACUUAUAAGGCUAUGCUACCCAAGAGCCCGGAGCAGGCUAAUACUCCCACUUCUCAGGCAGGUGGAAUCGAGACACAGUCUCAAGGUGAUCCUUGUAGAUACAAGAGUGGAGUUUGCAUUUUACUUUCUUAACAAUACUAAUGCCUUAAAAGAACUUAAGUGUGUGUGUCUAAUGACGAAUCAUGUAGGGAUAACACGUACCUCCAAACUGCUCGGUUCAAGCAUUCAGGAUUCUUUUGGAAUGCUUGUUUCUGAUACGACUAAAAAGAUACUCUCUAAUGAUCCAGGAAAUCUGUAACAGGAUAAAACAUCUGCAUUCUCCCACCUUACCCCACCUGCUAUUCAGAAAUAGUUUUCUUAGAAUAGCAAAAGGUAGUUAUGCUGCCUAAAUUCAAACUAUGACAAAAGAGGCCAAGGCAGCAAAAUUAAUCUGUAUAGAAAAGCCAAAGAGGGUGUUGUUUAUAAACGGAGGAACAGGAUUAUUGCUCAGUAUGUGAAACAAGCAACACACCUAUCCAUUAAUUUCUCUAUAUACCAGUAUGUUCUCACUUUUCACGUUUUAGAUCCUCUUGGAUAAAGAAACUAAGAUUAAAAAAGGUCUCUGUGAAGUACAUACUAGCUAGAUGCCCAUAAAUUUUAUUCUCAACUUCCUAGCUCAUCUUACAGCUUGGAUACAGACUCAAGAAUGACUACUGUAACUAAUGCUUUUCCUAACUCACUAGGAUUUUCUUUUACUGUGUUUUUUUCCAGGCAUAACAGAUUACGCUUAUUGUUUGGGAGAAUACUAGAAUUGUGUAAUUGAGGAAAAUGAUCUGCUAAACACCUUUGUGUGGAUCAGAUUAAAAGUACAAUAGGGAAAAAAAGCAAUGAUUAAUUCAAAGAAAAUGACAGAAUUUCAGGCACUGUAAUACCUGUGUAAAUUUAAUCUGGACAGAGAAAAAUUUUAGCUAGCCCCUCCCAUCACCAUCACAUAGAUUAACAUUCAUUACUUUGCAAAUAAGAAUCACCCAACUAUGUCAUAGGGGAAAGUCAACCCUGAUCAUAUGAGCCAGUCUCUCCCCAGAAUGACCGGUAACAAAACCUACAAUAAAUUUCAAAGUUCAGUUAUAAACGUUAUACUGUAUUAGACACAAAAUCCGUCCACUUGGGGGAAGGGGGGGCGAGUCCCUCAGCCUGGCCUGCAUCCUCUGGCAGUGCAGGGUACGGCGGUCGGACAAUCUUAGCGCUGCUGUAGAGGCGAGAGGUUCCCGCCACCACCACUGCACUCGCCAGCCAUGAGCCCGGUUCUUCUGGCUGCGCAGCGCUACCCCAUGGAGAGCACACUGAUCAGGGGCAGCUCAUGUGUUGAGUGUCUGCCCCCUGGUGGUGAGUGCACAUCAUAGUGACCAGUCAUUCUGCAGUUCAGUCUAUUUACAUAUUAGCCUUUUAUUAUACAGAAUUAUUUCAAGUUGCAGAAAUAAUCAAUUUAUUCUUUUUCUUUCAAUCUUACAGGAGCUGUUUAGAAAUGUAUGGCCGAAUCUGUAACCCAGAAAC